AGAUAUUCAUCAUGAAAUAUAAAAAGUAUUAUUUCUGAUCCGACAUCUUUUUUUUGCGUCGCGUCGAUUAAUCACUAUCCGUUAACUAUUUCUUGCAAUUUUGCGUGCAAGUCCCCCAAGUCGUAGCUGGUUUCAUUGUCUUUACGCGGAGCGACUCCAAUACACUCAAUUCCCAGUUCCCUAAUUCGUUCGGUGUCUACAUCAAUCUCUUUGGAGGGAUUGAGGUGAACUAAAUGUGUAACGAAGGAGGAGUAGGAAAGCGUUGUCUGACAUUUCACAUUUCGUCUCUCGCAGCUUGUCUUCAUUGAAUAUACCAGGGCCUUGUGUACAGCUUCUAUAAAACCAAGGGCAUCUAAUGACUGUGUUUCACGAUCCAGUGUCCCGUUGAGUAGCAGUAUUUUUUUCUUGUUGCUGUUCUCGAGUAUAGCUUCUCCGACUCCUUGUAGAAUAAGAACAGGUAUGAUAGAGGUCAUCAAAGAUCCUAUGGAGUACACAAUCACAUCGCAAUUUGACACGCAUUGAAGAACACGAGAUUGAGCCACAGGAUAUAUUUCCUCACCAUAUGGAGAGAUAUAGAAAAUUCUGUCUAUCGGUGCUGGUAGCGGAGCCGUGUCAUCUUUAUCCACAUGCAACUGAGACUUUUUGAGGUCUGGAUGAAUGUAACUUGGCACUGCAAACUCACUUUCAUCUUCGCUAUCAGAGUCUAGAGUAUGAUUAGGUUCGACUUGGCUGGAGACUCCGUAUAAAAUUGCCUGGCUACCUAAUUUAUCAGCUGGAGCUGUAAAAUGCACAUUAUCCAAAAAUGAUGAAUACGUGCGAGACGGAGAAGCUUGUCCUGAGGGGACUAUUGGGGGUGGAUGUAUUAAAGAAUUGGAUCUCACAAUAGGAAAAGAGGAUCCUGAUUGAUUGCUGUCUUUAUUAACCUGUGGUUUCGAAGGGUGUGAAAUCUGUGACUGUCCUGUAAUGAUUGUACCAUCUUUGAGUAGGGCACUUAUGUGAUACGUGAAAUUUGUGUUGAGACACGGGAUAACUUGGAGUCUGGAGGAAACUCUUGCAACGCGUAGAAUUAAUUCUACUGCGGAAUCCAAAGAUCCACAGAAGAGUCUUGCACCAGUGAGAAACAAAUUGCCAAUGCUAGCAAGUUCAAGUCUGAAAUUCUUUGUGCUAUUCCGUGACCGUUUCAGAAUCUCCAUGUGAACGUGGAUCAGAAAACUUCUAAUGAGCUCUUUACAUGCCGGAUCCACGUCUGACCACAAGUCGUGAGAGCCUUCCACUAUUGAUCCCCAUUCCAACUUGGCAUCCGUAGAUUUGCUGGAGAGCCUGUGGGAGAGCAAGUUGCGGAUUCCUUGGCUUUCGUUAGGGAUAAGUCGCACUAUUCUUGACCUGAGGUCUCCAACAGAGCAACCACCUAACACUCUUAUAAUCUCUGAUGUAGAGCCACCAUUAUCUGAAACAGGCAAAAUGUGCGAGACAGAGGCAAUUUGUCCCCCAGUUCCUAAUAGAUCUUGGAAAACAUCUAAGAUUGUGUUCGUGGCCGUGCCCCCUGAAACUACAGCCACGUUCACCAUUAGAAGGUUCUAAUCAAAUAAUGUAAACUUUUUUUUGUGAUUGUCAGCCAUCAGGAAAUUCUCAGAUCUGGGAACAAAUGUCAGCUCUCCCUAAUUGAAAGUUUGAGCUUAGUAGAUGCUGCUAUCUCUUCAAUAGUGCGUAGGCUCCACGUGUCACAGGCAUUCAACUCCAUAUCACAAACACCUUUGCACCAGAGUUCUCUAACUCCAUCUCUCCAAGGAACUGAUUUUUAGUUUUCAGCAAAUAAUGUCUCCUCCUGCUAUUGUAUUCACCGAUUGGGAUGGCACAGUAACCCUUCAAGACUCUAAUGACGUUUUGACCGACAACCUUGGUUUUGGUUACGAGAAGAGAAAGGUUUUGAAUGACCGCAUGCUAAAUGAGACCCUUUCUUUCAGAGAGGGUUUCGACGAGAUGCUCCGGUCGAUUCCUGCAAACGGUCAUUCUUUCCAAGAGUGCGUUGACUACUUACUUCAGAACAUUGAGUUGGAUCCUGGGUUUAAAGACUUUUAUCAUUGGUGCCACGAACAAGGAAUUCCCCUUUACGUUAUCAGCAGCGGCAUGUCCCCAAUCAUUGAGGCUUUGUUGAAGAAGCUUCUCGGCCAGCAAGUGAUGGACCACGUGACCAUUAUUUCCAAUGGUGUGGAAAUCAAUGGCAAUGAUUGGCAUAUUGUUUAUCGUGACGAUACUCCAUUCGGACAUGACAAGGCCGCGUCCAUCAAGCAGUGUCUUGAAAACUACGAUCUUAGUAAGAGGCCAUACCUAUUCUACUGCGGUGAUGGAGUUUCCGACCUGUCUGCUGCAAAGUCCUGCGAUCUGUUAUUUGCGAGAAGAGGGAAAGAUCUAGUUACUUUCUGUAUUAAGCAGAAGAUCCACUUCACUCAAUUCGACUCCUUUAAGGAUAUACUGAGCAAUGUUCAGAAGAUCGUUUCUGGUGAAAAGAAACUGGAGGAUUGCUUUGAAUAGAGUUGAUAGAUCAUUAAUACACAGAAUUGCUGUCAAUAAAUAUACAUUGCUUGAUGCUAGCUGAUAAGAACCCACAUCAAAAAGAACAGUAUUAGUAUCCCAAAGAUCUUCACCAUCAGCCACCUAUUACUGGUUACGGUGUUGUAGUACUUCAGAAGUUCCCUCUGUGCUCCGCUGAUGUUGAGACUAAUGUCUUCAACGUUGUUGUCUAUUCUUUGAAUAACCUCGCCCUGCUCUUGAACCAUUGUGGCUAAUUGCUGGAACAAACCACCAACUUCAUUAAUCGUAGACUCAAUUGCCUCCACUGCUCUAUUUCUUUCCUGCAGGUAUUGAUUACUUUGUUCCUCAAGUAGCAUGAGUUGCUGUGAUUGAUCUGGUAUAGACAGAUAGUCCUGACUUGGUACCGACACAUCUGGAUCUUGUUCCAUCGAAGAUAGGAAAGGAUUGUCCGAAAUUUGUGUUCCUUUCUUUCGCAAAGCGUAUGGCAGCACUUCGUUGCUUUUGCCAUUUACUCCCGUGUCUUUGAGCGAUCCAUUUACAGAGGCAAGUAGUUGUUCUUGGCGGGACUUUUUGGCUAGCUCAUUGCGCUGUCUAGUUUGCAAAACCUCUUUAAAUGUUUCGCUAACGUUUUUCACUUUCGUGUUCAACAACUGCACAACAUUCUUAGUAUAUGUGUUAAUUUGAUUAUCACCGGAUGACUUGGCUACGCUCGAUUGUUGAAGUUCUUUCAACGAUCUUUCGAUCUUAAAUAUGUCUUGCUUGACAACAUAUGUCAACUCAAUCAUAUCGGUGGGUUUAUCGUUAAAUAGUUGUUUCUGCUUUGCAAGUGCUGCCAGCUUCGCUAAAGAACUGGUGACUCGUGCAAUGUCUUUUGCGAUAAGACCAGCCUUCUUGGUAAACUCGCUCCGCUGAGAUUUUGUGGGACCAUUAUGCGUAGUCGCUGUGGAAUUUUUGUUGUGAUUUUGCUUAUUGAAAGUUGCCACACACUGGAGAAACUCAAGAGUUCUAUCUUGGACGUUAG